UGAGAUGUCCUGCCAGCAGAACCAGCAGCAGUGCCAGCCCCCUCCCAAGUGCACCCCCAAGUGCCCUCCCAAGUGCCAGACCCCAAAGUGCCCUCCAAAAUGUCCCCCUAAAUGUCCUCCCAAGUGCCCGCCUGUGUCUUCUUGCUGUAGCCUGGGCUCUGGGGGCUGCUGCAGCUCUGGUGGCUGCUGUGGCUCCAGCUCUGGUGGCUGCUGCAGCUCUGGGGGUGGAGGCUGCUGCCUGAGCCACCACAGACCCCGCAGAUCUCUCCGUUGCCAUCGCCACAGCUCUGGAUGCUGUAGCAGUGGUGGCAGCAGUGGCUGCUGUGGCAGCAGUGGUGGCAGCAAUGGCUGCUGUGGCAGCAGUAGCUGCUGUGGCAGUAGCCAGCAGUCUGGGGACUGCUGCUGACCUCAGUGAGGAAGACUCUAGAAAAGCGGUGCCGAAGGAACACAUGCUCAGAAGACUUAGUAAUGAUGCUCUUUUUUUCCCCCUAUUUUCCUCCUUGCCUUGCCCUCUGAGAUGCUGAAAUCCCCAGGGAAUGCUCUGCAUUCUACUUUGGAGAGGACAAUGUCUCUUUUCAUCUUUGUUACCAAUUAAAGAAGCCUUGAAAAACA